AUGGCUGCUCGACCGCCUCACGAGGCGCAGACAGACUCUUGCUUGUACCAGAUCGACUUUCCAGGGCCUCACGACGACGCACAGGCGCUCACCGACCUCUGCGCUCAAGUCCUCGCCUUCAUCGCCUCACUCUCCACGGGCUACAUCUGGCACAGGCAGCCCUUCCAGCUGGGCGUGUCGCCACUCUCGUUCACUGCACCGGCAGGACAGAAGCAGCAUCAGUGGCUCACGGGCAAGACAGACGUGACGGAUGCGGUCGACGACGAGUGGUUCGUCGUCUGGCUGCUGAAGCAAGUCACGGAGAAGUGGCGGGAUGCGGCAGUCGCGGUGGAGGACGACGACGGCGAGUUCUUGCUCAUUGAGGCGGCAGACGUCUUGCCGAGCUGGGUCACGCCUCAGAACGCGGCUCACAGGGUCUGGAUCUACCGCGGCGAGCUGCACCUCAUUCCGCUCGAGCACAAGUCGGCCCUCCCGUUCGAGGAGGAGAGCAUGAGCCCGUCAUUUGACCCGGAAGAGGAGGGCUUCCUGGAUCGCGCCACGGCGCUCGAGCUGGUACGGGACGACAAUGUGGCGACGAGAGCGGCAAGAGAGGUGGAGGAGGCGGUUUGGGCGAGGAUCGCAGGCUAUCCGGGCAAGAUCAAGGAACACCACCACCGUACCCUGACGUACUUGCCGACCGACAUCGCCCUCGCACUGGUCGAUUCGCCGAGUCUCGUCGCGGAGGCAAUUGCAGCAUUCUACGAGCGCGAGCCGGGCACGCUCAGGGCGGUCAACACCAUGUCCCGCUUCCCUCCCGGACCUCCGAUUCCCUCGACCUCAACAACCUCCGAUUCCGACAUGACCGACACCCCUUCUCUCCCUUCGACCGUCCUCGUCCCCACGCUUCUCACUCGGCCACUAUACUCGCAAGUCGUUCUGCAGCGGUUCUACGCGCCCAAGCCCUUCCAGAAGGUCGGCUGGAUGGACGCAAAGCUGGGAAGGGCGGACGAGCGGCGGAGAAGCGUGGGCAUGAGAAUUGCCUGUGGCUUCGAGAUGCUCUACAAGCUCACCUCGCCUCAGCUCCGCCACUCCUCUACCGAUGACCCGCUCACUAACUUCGACUCCUCCGAACCACGGUAUCGAGCCUACUUGAAGAGCUUGGCUGAGAAGAGCUUCUUUGAGGGACAAGUCGAAGGUAGCGAGAAGUGGCGCGAGAAGGAGGCGGUUGCGAGGGAGGGAUGGGUCCGGGCGAAGUCUGACCGACCAACCCUCUCCUUCGCUCAGCGAGUUGACGACGCAAUCGCCCGCGCUCGCUCUUCGCCUAACCCUUUGCCCGACCGAAUCGCCAACCCUGUCUCGCUCACCGACGAACAAGCCGCCGCGCUCGAAGACUCGGAAGACUGGCUUUCGCUCGACGAGCAAGGGCUGGAAGACAUCUUGCAGGCUCGGCAGGGCAAGGGCGGAGGAUUGCUCGGAGACAGCGAUUUGGAGGAUUCGAGUGAUGACGGGGAAGACGAGGACGAGAUGGAGGGCGUCGAGGGUGGCGAGCAGAGCGGGAAGAGCAAACAGGAGAAGGAGGAAGAGCGCAAGGCGAGGAAGGUCGCGAAGAAGCUGGAGCAGAUGGCGGGCAGAGUCGAGAACUUUGUCGAGGGACGAGGUGCGGCGAGCGGUGCUCUGUUCGACGACGAGCGAACGGACGAUGAGGACUCGGACGAGGACGCUGAGAUGCCGGAGAUGUCGGCUGAGGAGCGCGCAGCACGGCUAGAGAAGCUCGUCGCACCACUCCCGACGGACCAGUGGGGUCAGAGCACGCAGCCGCCACCGACUGAGCCUGCCACCGCUACCGAAGACGACGCAUCUGCCGCACCUUCCGCCGAACCCGCUGCGUCGACUCGCGAGCCUCGACCGCCCAAGUUGACGAAGGAGGAGUACGAAGGGGCGUCCGACCUAGAUGAGGACUCGUCGGACGAGGAGAGCGGACCGAUGGCAGAAGGCGAGGAAGGUUUGGGCGGACCAGAAGUCGAGGGCGAGGAUGGACCGAGCGUCAUGAACGAGGAGGACGUGCUGGAUAUGGGCGAGGAGAUGGAUGAGUUCCUCCAGUUCGCGACGGAGGCUCUUGGCUUGACGGAGGAGCAGUAUGCGAAGAUCUUGCAGGACAGGCGGGAUCGAGGCGCCUUCGUUCCGGGCCCGCCAAAGGAGAAGAAGGUCAACGUCAUCCCGUCCGCCAAACCCGCAUCGUCGUCCGCCAAACCCUCAGCUUCGAAACCCGCCGCCCCUCCUCCCGUCCGCGAACCUCUCCGCAACCCUAUCCUGACCGAUUUCGACUCGCUCAUGGACCGGAUGGAGGCGGAGCUCGCGCAGGCCAAGUCGAGCAAGCCUCAACCGACCUCGUCCGCCAACACUUCCCCUUCUUCCGCCGAGCCGAAGAAGAAGAACGCUGCGCGACAGAGCGAUCCGAAUCGGAUUGUCGUCGACUCGCUGUCCGACUCCGAGGAAGACGACGAUGGUGAACCGGACCUGUCAGCGAUGGACGCCGAGUUGCAGCACCUCCUCAAGGACUUGCAAGGGCAAGGCGAAGGCGGGAUGGACUACAACCUCGUCAAGAACUUUUUGGACAGCUUCCAGAGUCAGGGAGGGUUCGCAGGUCCAGCGGGUAACUUGGCGGGUCGGCUGGGCUUCCAGCUCCCGAGGGAUGCGUAG